UCUAAUAAGGUUGCACCGUUCUUAAUAGAACAGACCAUAUUGAAACGACCUCGACCCAUAACAACCGAAAAACUCCGGCGGACAAGAAUCAUGUUUUGGAAUAACACCACCUUGAGUCGAUCCCCGCAAGAAAUCCUCGCCCUCGCCUCAAGCCUUUCAAUCAUCAUCAUCUUGAGCAUUUCCGGUAACGCUCUCGUUAUCUACGUCUUCAUCACCAACAGACAGCUCUGCUCGAGUCUUUCCAACAAGCUAAUCCUUAGCCUAGCGGUGGCGGACCUCACGACAGCGGCAUUCCCCAUGCUCUACCAGCUCAUAACGGUUGCUGAUGUAAGUCUGAUACAGCACGGUGGACCUCUGUGUUCUGUAGGAGGCGUCGCUUCGUACUCGUUCUUCUUUGUCUCUGUUAUCACCUUGGUGAUGCUCAGUGUCGAGCGCUUUCUCGCGCUUGGUUUUCCGCUGAAAUAUUCCUCUAUAGUGAGCAGGCGAGUGAAAGCUUUUAUAAUCUGGUAUCCAUGGUUACAUAGUCUGGUUUUUGCCGUCCUGUGUUUGGCUUGGUUUGGCAUAAAGUACGACCCACAUGGAUUCGAUUGCGGGUUAAGAUGGAGAACUCGUCCGUUUUACUUUACAUUCAGUGUUGUGUUUAUACACAUUGCUUUACCAUUGACGUUGCUGACGGCGCUCAAUAUCUGCACGUUAUGCCUGGUCAGACGUCAACACCAGAGGAUUGCGAACACGUGUAAAACGGCAGGAGUGAACAAUACUAUGGCCAAUGAGAAACGAGCGCUUGCGGAAGCAAAGCUGACCAGGGUCUCGAUGAUCAUCAUCUUUGUCUUUCUGAUCUGCUGGUCCCCGUAUGUAGUCACCAGGGCCCUCGCAUUCAUCAAUGUCAAGUUGUCAUCGGCUGUCAUGUCCGCGGGAGCCUGGGUAGUGCACUCGUCGUCAUUUGUCAACCCCAUAAUUUAUUCCUCCUUGCGUUCUGACAUCCGACAGGCGAUGCGUGCUGUCUUCCGGUGUUGUCACGUGACCUCCACACAUCAUCAUGGCUCCAUAACCAACGUCGCGAAUAACUUUACUAACGGUGACAUGAAGACCACGGACAUCACAAGCAAAACCACUUAUGCAAUGUCCAUUAGAUAAAGGUGAAGAGGGGGAGAAAGGAUUCGGUAGCCUAUCCGUAGGCGUUGAUAGUAAGAGCUAGCCCCCUCCCCUUUAACACUUUGUUCUGGUGGCUACGGUAGCGUUGGACUAUAAUGACGGGGAUGGCGAAAUCCAAUAGCACGUUUCUAUAACAGAAUUCUUUACUGUAAAUGUUUUUGAUGGCACUUACUCUUAUUAUAAGCGCUCAUAUUUUAUUCUCAGAAAAUAUAUGAAUAAAUUUUACAUUAUUAAAUAAUUUUUGGCGAGAAAAGACAGCUUAAGACAGCGCGAGCAUAGCUGUUUUCGCCGAGGGCUUUAUAUAUAUUACAAGGGAAGACACUCAAAAAAGCAAAAUUUAAGAGUAAAGCUUUAUUGAUAUGUAUGUUGACAUUUUACAUUCAUCACUCAAAGAGUGAAAGUACUUCAUGUUCUCGUAUCUGCGUUCACUAGAUCAUGACAUGUGUGUCAUAUCGAGACAUGUGCGCCAAGAACGAGUUUGUAGCGCACAUUAUUUGACUUUAAGAUUAUAAAUAAUGCACAAACUAAUACUAUAACUUAAUAAACUAUUAGCUAGCUCUCAGUCAAGUAGGAACAAGCUAUUCACUAAGAAAUCACUCGUGACUUGCAUUUACAAAUCACGUUACUCGCAAAGAAAUCACGUGACUCUUUGGGAAAACUCGAUCGCGCCCAGACGGCAAAUUAACAGCAACAAAAACUUUCUAAGUAAGAAAGGGACUAUAUAUUUUAAUUAAAAUAUUUUAUACUUUUUUUCGUCGCCCACGUCGCCCUCUGGUGCGACAACCGUGGUUAUAUCUGUGUUUAUUUUGGCCUGUUUGCCACUCAAAAAGUCACGUGAUUUCUUAUCGCAAGUAUCUUACCGACACUCGGAAGAAAAUAUGUCCACACAAAUAAUAUUACAGAAAUAAAAUUCUUCUUGCUACUA